CUAUCUAAUCUUUACAAACUCGGUCUGUAGGUCGAAUCUAUCAACAAAACAUACUUAAGGAAAAGUAUAUAAACAAAAAUUACAACAAGUAGGUACCGGUGUGUACUAUUUGAGAAAAUGACAGCCUUUACUCUUCCAGCCUUUGUUUUAGUAUUAGCCUAUGGAAUAUGCAGCGCAGCAUUGUCAUGUUAUCAAUGUGAAGGAUCGGAGUCGGAUUGUCCUGCAAAUCUAAACGACGCGGCAGUAGCGGACUUUAAAUUGAUUGAGUGCCAUGGAUUACUGGCUUCUAUAUGUACUAAAGUUUCAAUUCAACUAGCUAAUGGGAACAAUUACACGUCUCGAAAUUGUGGUCCAGCCAACAUUCAAACCAAUUCUUCUGAAACUUUUUGCGAAUUUAUCAAAUCUAUUUAUUCCCCACUGAUUUCAGAAAGUAUUCUUGAUGAAUUUUCUUGCGCUGCUUGUACUGAAUCGAAAUGUAAUGUUUAAAUGCCAUAUGGACUUUGUUAAAAUAAAGUAGAUUAUACAAUGUAA